GGGUCAUUUUUAAGAACCUAACCAACUGGGUCACCACCUGUCUAAAUCUCCUUUGAACCCUUUCCUUUAAUCUAUUUUUAAAUGCCGCGCGCAGCAGGAAACAACUGAUUGAUAUUGACGAGAUUUGAAAAUUUCGAUUAAAAUUUCCGCAAAGAAUGCUUAGAAAUGACCGCGAUUGAUUUCUGACAUACAGUUUAGACAGUUCUUUUUCAACAGAAAAUUAAAAGACUGCUGCUGCUUUUGCUUUUUUAACACACGUCCCAGUGAGUCUACUCUUAUAUUACCAUCUGACAUAAAGGUUAACCAUAUUUGUCGCUCUUUUACCUGUUGUAAGAAGAUGGCGGUGAUAUACAUUAAAAACAAGGAAGACUUUGAUUCGAAAUUAGCUGAUGCUGGAGAUCAGUUAGUGGUUGUUGAUUUCUUUGCUAAUUGGUGUGGACCAUGCAAAGUUAUUGCACCAAAACUGGAAGAUUUAGCGAAAGAGUUCGCUAACUGCCUGCUCAUUUUAAAGGUUGACGUGGACGAAUGUGAAGAUCUGGCGACGGAAUAUAACGUGUGUGCAAUGCCGACAUUUCUUUUUAUAAAAAAUAAGCACGUCGUGGCACAAUUUAGCGGUGCUAACUAUGAAAAACUUAGAGAUACUAUAGUAAAUAAUCAGUAAUCGUUUGUUUUUUACACUACUUUGUUUCUGUGACAUUCCAUUCUUGUUAUUAAUUGUUCAAGAAUCGUUUAUUUUUUGGAUAGAAUAAAUUAUUUGCGAUAAAAA